UAAAAAACACAGUAGGCUUCUGUCUCACAAACCAACAAUCUCUUUUUCUCUCUCUCUAUAUAUUCCCUACUCUCGCUGGUGCUGCUCGAGAAGAAAUGGGUGGUUCUGUAAAAGAUUUGCAUUCAAAGGGUGAGCUUGAUAGCCUGAUUGGGAAGGGUUCACCGGUGAUCCUUCACUUCUGGGCAUCUUGGUGCGAUGCUUCCAAACAGAUGGACCAAUUAUUCUCUCACCUCUCCACUGAUUUCCCUCACGCUCACUUCCUCAGGGUAGAAGCUGAAGAACAACCAGAGAUUUCUGAGGCUUAUUCAGUUUCUGCUGUGCCUUAUUUUGUAUUCUUGAAGGAUGGUAAAACUGCCGAUACAUUGGAGGGUGCAGACCCAUCUAGUUUGGCUCACAAAGUUGCUGAAGUUGCUGGACCGAUCAACCCAGGGGAACCAGCAGCUCCUGCCAGCCUAGGUAUGGCUGCUGGACCCACUAUUCUUGAGACGAUCAAGGAGUUUUCCAAGGAAAAUGGCACAUCUCAAGUGGAAAACCAAUUGUCGUUUAACCUUGGCGAUGGACUGCAAAAGCGACUCCAACAGCUUGUUAAUUCUCACCCAGUCAUGCUUUUCAUGAAAGGAAAUCCUGAGGAGCCUAAGUGUGGUUUUAGCCAAAAAGUUGUUGCAAUUAUGAAGGAAGAAAAGGUCAAAUUUGGAAGCUUUGAUAUUCUGACAGACAAUGAAGUUCGCGAGGGGUUGAAGAAGUUUUCCAACUGGCCAACUUUUCCUCAGCUUUACUGCAAGGGAGAACUUCUUGGUGGGUCUGACAUAGCAAUUGCUAUGCAUGAGAGUGGUGAACUAAAAGAAGUUUUCAGAGAUCAUGGUAUUGAAAUAUUUGAUUCUAGUGAGGUGAAAGUGACUGAACCUGGUAGUGGAAAGGGUGGAAUCUCUGAAGCCACUGGCUUGAGUGCAACCCUGACAUCUCGCCUAGAAAGCCUGAUCAACUCAGGCCCAGUUAUGCUGUUUAUGAAGGGAAAACCAGAUGAACCUAAAUGCGGUUUCAGCCGAAAGGUAGUCGAUAUUCUUCAUCAAGAAAAAGUAGAUUUUGAGAGUUUUGACAUUCUUUCUGAUGAAGAAGUCCGUCAAGCGCUCAAAGUUUUCUCAAACUGGUCUAGUUACCCCCAAUUAUAUAUAAAGGGUGAACUUAUUGGUGGAUCAGACAUUGUGUUGGAGAUGCAGAAGAGUGGAGAGCUUACGAAGAUUUUAACUGAGAGAGGGAUCACUCAGGAGAUGAGUCUUGAGGACCGCUUGAAGAAAUUGAUUUCCUCUUCAUCUGUUAUGCUCUUUAUGAAGGGUAUCCCAGAUGCUCCAAGAUGUGGAUUUAGCUCCAAGGUUGUGAAUGCCCUAAGGGAAGAGGGUGUAAAAUUUGGGUCUUUUGAUAUUCUAACGGAUGAGGAAGUGAGGCUGGGGCUAAAGACCUUAUCAAACUGGCCAACCUUUCCACAGCUUUAUUACAAAGGCGAGUUGAUAGGAGGUUGUGAUAUUGUGAUGGAGCUGCGAGACAAUGGUGAGCUGAAAUCAACCCUAUCUGAAUAGUUAUAUUAUCACUUAAAAUGAGACAAACAUCGAUUCUGGUUUUCACUACUGAAGUGUGUUUAGCAACAUUAUUAUUUUGCUUGUUAUAUUCCCCUCAAUGUUUGUUGCCAUUUCCUAGACUUCAGAUAUAAUACAUGGCUUCAAACUCUAAUUGUUUGUUGUGAUACGCCAUUUCCUAAACCUAAGAUAUAAUACAUGGCUUCAAACUCUAA